GGGCUCGUCCCCGGAGUAGCCGCCGGCGCCCCGCCCCGGGUGGCACGUUCUCGGCGCGCGUCGCCGCGGCGGCCUGUCCUCGCGCUUAGGUUCGCGCGCCGCUCGGGGUGGUAGGUUCGGGGCCCAUGGGCGAUGCCUGGAGCCCCGGCGGGUCGUGAGGUCUCCAGACCCGGAGGCAGCUGGGUUUCAUCAGGCGGGUCACGGAGUAGGCAGAUGGUAAUGAGUCUUUAGAAGGGAGGCUGAAGCAGCAGCAGCGACGGAGAAGGCCCGCGUUUCCCUCCCUGCUGGAGGGGGCGUGGGGCGGUCCAGCGUCGCAGCCGUUAGGACUGACUUGGCCAGGCGUCCGGGAGGAUGUUUUGGACCCAGUUUCUAGGACCCCACAUUCAAGGACCAGUGAGUUUCCCAGAAAGUUUCAGGUACUGCCAAGAUGAAGAGCUGUGUUUCGCGCACAGCGGCAGCGUGGGCAGUAGCAGGGUAUAGUGCGUGGGGAAGAGCAGCCUCGGAGGGAACGCGGCCCACCGCCCUCGGGGCUGCUUCAUCCGGGAGGUGCCGCGGCCGGAGUCCUAGGAGGGCCGGUCUUCUCUUGAGAAGAAAACCGCAGAACGGAAUGAUAGUGAUCGUCUGGUGUCUGCACGGUGCCAUUUUCAUUCAGCCAAAUUCAGUGUUCACAAGUUUUACUACGUUAAGAAAAUGUGGCCGUAACUUACGACUGUUUCCUCUUACUCGACCCAGUCUUUGUAAAAAAUGGGAGGCAGCUGUCAGAAGGAAAAACUUUAAGCCCACCAAGUACAGCAGCAUUUGCUCAGAACACUUUACUCCGGACUGCUUUAAGAGAGAGUGCAACAACAAGUUACUGAAAGAGGACGCUGUCCCCACAAUAUUCCUUUGUACUGAACCACAUGACAAGAAGGAAGAUCUUCCGGAGCCCCAAGAACAGCUUCCCCGACCUCCUUCAACACCCCCCGUUUCCCAGGUCGAUGCUGCUAUCGGGUUACUCAUGCCUCCUCUUCAGACCCCUGAUAACCUCUCCGUGUUCUGUGACCACAACUACACUGUGGAGGACACCAUGCACCAGAGGAAGAGGAUUCACCAGCUCGAACAGCAAGUAGAGAAGCUCAGAAAGAAGCUCAAGACCGCACAGCAGCGGUGCAGAAGACAGGAGCGGCAGCUGGAGAAGCUGAAGGAGGUCGUGCACUUCCAGAAGGAGAAAGACGACGUCUCCGAGCGGGGUUAUGUGAUUCUACCAAAUGACUAUUUUGAAAUAGUUGAAGUCCCGGCAUGAAGAGUGAAAUCUGUGUUGGUGUUCAAUGGGGCAAUACCACCUACCCUCUUCUAGCCUGUAGAGGAGUUUCAUUUGAAAAAAAUUACACUUGGUCACUUGUAUAAAAACAAUUCAGAAUAUUUUUUUAAAAGAAUAAAUUAGAUAUAUACUGUAAAA